AUGAAUGGAACGCCGCGCGUGCGGUCUGGUGGUUUUCCACAAACACCAGGAACCGUAGCUCCUAGAACGAGGAGAGAUGACCCUCCCACCCCGGCAUCCAUACCCAGACAACAAAGAGGCCCGAGAGCCUCCUUGCCUCCUGCCCCCGAGAACAAGUCUGCUGCCGCACCGGGCGACCGACCGCCUUUGAUACCCUUGACAGUCGUCGACGCUCCUAGUCAGAGGUUCUACGCCGUCGCCAUCUACGUCGCGCUUUUCGCCUACCGUUUCUGGGACUGGAUAGGCGUCGUCGAGGAGGACACCGGAUCUUUUGCCCUGUUCCUCAAAUGGAUCGUCAUCGACUUCCUCUUUCUAUUUGUCGCUCUCCCAGCUCUCAGGAUACCAUGGCUCGAUCUAUCACAACCAGUCGUUAUAGGCCUGUUCGCCCUGCAGCUCGCACUGAACUGGACACUCAUGUUCAAUAUCCAGGUCUCGUGGACGGCAUGGUUGCUGGGCAUCGUCAAGAUCUUCUACGACAAGGGAGAGCUUUCUAUCUCGGAACACAACGUCAAGGUCUCGAGUAUCCUGCACAACGCCUCUCUGAUUAUGGGCAAGCAGAUUAUCAACAUCCUGCCGGAGGGCUCUGCGCUGCUGAAUCCCGAGAAAACCCCGUUUUGCGUCGGCCAGGGAGGCAAGAAUGUCGUCACCAUCCCCCUCUACUUCAAUGCCACUAUUCCCGCCGAGGUGGAGCUCAUCCGCAUCGAUCUCGACACGAACAACGAGGAAGUCAUCAAGCUCAGCAAAUCACAAAUCCGCGAGAUCGAUAGGCAGGCAAAGAGGAUUGCCGAGGACGGCGGCGUGACAUCCUACAAGUAUGAUGUGCCAGUUAAGAAGUCUGGCGCGUAUCGGUUGCACAAGGUCCUCGACGAGUACAAGUUGGAAGUUCAAAGGGUCACCGAGCCAACAUACGUCGUACCUUGUCCCAAAGCCCAGGUCCGUCGGGCGGAAUCGUCCAACCGAUGUAUCAACGAUUUGUCCGACCUGUCCCUAGACGUCUACGGAACACCGCCCCUGAAGAUUGUCUACAGCCGUACUAUCAAUGGCAAGGAUCAUAGCUUCCAUUUCCAAAGCCUUCAGCCUGAUGGGUUCUCCUCGCCACUGCUCGGUGCGGCAAAGACUUCGAGCUUGAUCUUGCAAGAGGGAGAGGAUGUCUCGUGGGCCCGUGCUCAGUCCGUCGCUGUUGCCCUCAACGAGUCCAUGAGCCAAUCUGGCGAUUGGCAGUAUUCCAUUGAUGAAGUCCAUGACGUUUUCGGCAACGUGAUCAAGUACACUUUACUUGGCGAGGAAUCUGAAGCUAAGCCAAAGCCAAAGCACCUGGUCCAAAACUUCCUGGUCCGGGAGCGACCUCAAGCAACCCUCCGUGGCUGUGACCUGAGGAACCCACUCAAGGUGGCCAAGGGCCAAUCAACAAAGCUGCCUACUAGCUACAGGUUGCCAGGCCACUCAUCGAGUCGCGCCGCAUAUACUCUUACUUGGCAAUUCUCUCCGAUCGACACUCUCAGUAAGAGCGGUGACCACGGAGAUGUUGUUGAAACCGGUACUUUCACGGCCAAGAACGCUGAAGACCAGCCGACCAUUUCUGCCCCCGGUCUGUACACCUUGAAGUCUGUCUCGUGUGACUCGUGUGAGGGCGAAAUCGAGGAGCCCUCUUCAUGUCUGUUGCUCAACCCUCUGGAGCCCGAGCUCAGCUUACAGGCCGAGGGGAUCCCCGACAAGUGCGCGGGUAGCUCAAUUGGUCUGCGCGUUAACCUUGAUCUUGUGGGCACUCCGCCCUUCAAAGUCGUCUACGAUAUUACUAGCGACACGGAGCGUUCUCGCAGAGAGAGCGUCAUUGUCAAGGGGCUGCGCCAACAGAUCGAUCUUCUCCCUCGCAAUGCUGGUCACUACCAGUAUAGAUUCAGGAAGCUGGAGGACGCUAUUUAUAAGAAUAUUCCUUUGCCGCUCACUGAUGAAUAUCAUCUCGAGCAGAAUGUCAAGCCUCCUGCAACUGCCUUUUUCUAUGACCAGCCAGCCGCUAUUACCGCCUGUUUGGACGAGCCGAUCAAGGUCGACGUUGCACUUCGUGGCGAUGGACCAUUCACUCUGGAAUGGGAACUCGUUCAUGAGGGUAAGAAGAAGUCCCAAAAGAUCACCGACAUUACAGCAGAAUCUUAUGCUAUUGAGACCGCUCCUCUGUCUCAUGGCGGAGACUACACGCUUGCUCUAACUAGCAUUCAAGACACGACUGGAUGCCGUAUCUUCUUGAAAGAGGAAAUCAAGAUUACUGUUCGACGACAGCGACCACGCGCUGCGUUUGGCCACAUCGAGAACAGAAAGACAACUACUGUUAUCGAAGAUGCCAAGGUCAAGAUUCCACUGAAGUUGUCUGGAGAGGCGCCCUGGAGAGUUACGUAUCGCAACCUUGAUAGUGGAAAGGACGAGCAAACCAUGAUCGCACGUUCCAACAACGAUUUCUUGGAGACCACAGAGCGUGGCACUUUCGAGAUCAUCGACCUUUCGGACAGGCAGUGCCACGGACAGGUUGACCCUAAGCUGUCAACUUUCCAAGUCAACUGGUUCCCUCGACCGGAACUCUCCUUGGUUACAGCUGAUAGUAUUUCACAAAAUGACGAUGUAUUCGUCAAACAAGACGUGUGCGAGGGUGACAUCGACGGUUUUGAAGUCGCACUCAAGGGCUCUCCACCGUAUCAUGUUGCAUACGAAGUCAAGCACAAACCGAAGACUGGCUCUGGUUCCGUCGCACGAAAAGAGUUCGACGCUGCUAUGGCCAAGGCUUCGAUUCCCUUGGACACCGCCAAGGCAGGCUUGUACACAUACAAAUUCUCAGCACUGGCAGAUAAUCUCUACAAUAACGACAAGAGGAAGUUUCAGCCGCUUACUUUGGAACAGACUGUCAAUGCCAAGCCGACCGCCUCUUUCGUCAAGCCAGGGCAGAUUUUCAAGCUCUGCAUGUCCGAGCAAGAUUACGAAGAGAAGAUCCCCAUAACCCUUCAGGGCGUGGCACCGUUCUAUGUCGAGAUCGAGAUUCGUCAUCAUACUGGCAGUAUCCCGGAGACAUUCCGCAUCCCUAACAUCCCCUCUAACUCAUACAGUGUGCAAAUUCCUCGGGCCUAUCUCAAGCUUGGCGCCCAAACCAUUCGCAUCCGCAAGGUUCGUGAUGCACGCGGCUGCCAGCAGAAAAUCGAGGUGGGAGGACCUUCCGUACAAGUUCAACUCUACGAUGCCCCCGCCAUCUACCCUCUGGAGACGCGCACGGACUACUGUGUGGGUGAGCGUAUUGCGUACACCCUUUCCGGUACUCCUCCGUUCGAGGUUCAGUAUACCUUCGGAGGCUCUCAUAUGAAGGCCAAGUCGCAGACCACAAACUUUCGUCGCAUCGCUGAAGCCCCUGGCGACUUUACCAUCACAUCCAUUAGUGACAAAGCAUCCGAGUGUAAGGCGGCCGUCAACCUCUCCAAGACAAUCCACCCUAUGCCGUCGGUCAAGAUCAGCCGCGGUAAGAUUGUCCGCGUCGACAUCCACGAAGGAUCAGAAGUCGAGAUCCUUUUCGAGUUUUGGGGCACCCCACCAUUUGAGUUCACAUACACCCGCUCGACCAACGCCCGGAAGGGGCAGAAGAGUCAUGUUCUUGAGACAAGGCAUGAUAUUUCUUACGUAAACACCAAGACUGUCACCGCUAGUCUAGAAGGUACUUAUGAGGUUGUUGCUAUCAAGGAUAAAUUCUGUGCCUUCAGCACGUUGAACACAGAGCAGAAGAACAAAGGGUCCGGGCAGAAGUUGUUGACAUAUUAG